AAAGCACAAACUAGUUUUUGUUUAUUUGAAAUUAUCUUUUAAUUGAUAUCAACCCGUAGUGGUUCGCCGAUUUCCAGGACAAAACCCUUGCUAUAAAUGGAAUAUUAAAUGUAUUAUUUCAUGUACAAUGGAGUAUCACUAUCCAGAUCUUUGUAUGCCCACAGAUCACCUUCUGACUGAUCCUUAUGCCGCAGAGUAUACUCCACAAUACCUUCUACCAACACAGGAGGCUGAAUAUGGGGUCCGUAGUAGUGUGCUGGUGGACGGAGGGGAUAGAUUUGGUGUCUCUGCAGUGGUGUUUGAUAAAUAUGAAGAGCUGACUUGGAUGGGAAAUCAAGGUGGUCAUGUAACAUCAUACUAUGGUCCGAAUAUGCAGAAAUAUACUUCAUUCCAAGUUCAUGAAUCUGAGGAAGUGAGGGACAUACUAACAGUUGAACAAGGAAUCUAUGCUUUAACUAAGACAACACUUCGCCAUCAAAUAAGAAGAGGCAUUCCAAAGCAUACAUUCAGGUCACAAAACAUGACUGAUAUGCAAUGUUUAUACCAAGCUAGUCCUACGAAGCUGAUGAUGGGUGGCCAUCAAGAGAAGCUGAUUGAUUUGGAUCUCACUAAGAUGAUGGAAACAGUUCUUCCGAUACAGGCAGAAGGCUGUGCUGUCUUAAGAAGUGGGGGUGGUUCUCUGGUCGCUUGUGGGAGCGCAAGCGGUAUGGUAGCCCUACGGGAUCUCAGGACUCCGCAGGCAUCAGAACAAGUGUUCAGGGCUCACACCGCUUGCUUAUCGGACCUCGAUAUGCAGGGAGACUUGCUUAUUACAUGUGGAUUCACUCAGUCUGUGAACGGCGUAGCAGUAGCAGAACCAUACGUUGUAGUAUGGGACGUUCGUUGUCUACGCGGGAGUAACAAAAACGUAGAAGGGGCGUGGUCCAUACAAACCGCAUCGCCGCCACUUCUGUUACAUUUCUUGCCUGCGUUCUCUGGGCGAGCCGUGGCCUUGUCUGGGGACGGGCAUGUGGCUUUGUUACAUGUUAAUGCGCCUAAUGAGGACCAGUCGGUGUUUCAAGUGGAAACCCACAGUUCUCUCUGCAGCGUGAUGGACGUGUCAUCAACGAGUCAAGCCCUGGUUUUCGGAGACCAGGCCGGGCAUCUACAUUUGUUCUCCCCGCAGCAUAACCAUGAACCGGUGUUUAAUAAUUUUUCCAGAGCAACAGAGUUCGCCGAUCAAGUGGUGGGUUUGCCGUACGUUAGUUUCAACGAAACGACAUUCCAGUACUCUUCUGUUCCAUUGCCGCCAUUGGCGUCUGGUAAUAAAUGGUUCAAUGCCUUGCCUGAAGAGUUCUUCAAGAAAGUAUUCAGGAAACCAAAACCGAUAGACGCCGAAGUCCUCAAGUCUAUGAAAAUGCAAGGUCCAAUAGGAUACGCCCCUAACCCGAGAACGUCCAAACGCAAUCAGGUGCCGUAUAUAGAGGACAAUCUAGAAGAUUUGGCGGCCGCUAGGCAGAAUGAGAAUAAGUUUUUGACGCAGCCUGUGCCGAAGCAUUAUCAGAAGUUGGACCUACGCUAUAACAAACACGGAACAAACGAUGAUCUAGAACUGUACAACAAGACUGGCCUUCCGGGUAUCGAAUCCACGCUCCCUAAUUCGUACUGCAAUGCAAUGCUUCAGGUAUUGUAUUACACCACUCCAGUUAAAGUGACGUUAUUAGCACAUUCGUGUGCCAAAGAGUUUUGUCUCAGUUGCCAAUUAGGUUACCUGUUCAGAAUGCUCGACACAUCUGGUGGCACUCCUUGUCAAGCGAGCAAUUUUCUACGAGCGUUCCGCACUAUACCCGAAGCCGCCGCGCUGGGACUCAUACUGCCGGACAGAGGCGCUGAUACCAGAGUCGACUUAGUGGCGCUAGUUCAGAGUUGGAACCGCUUCAUCCUACACCAAAUCCACUACGAAAUACUUGAAACGAGAAAGAAAGAGAAGGUAUUAUUGGCUCAGAAUGCUAACAGCCCGCCGAAAACCCGUAUCGUGCCUAAACUUAGAGGCGUGUGUACCAACGGUCAGUACGACGAGUAUCAAUAUACGGAAUUGGAGUUUUUGGGGCCUACAACGGAGUUUGAUCAAGAGGAGAGAGAAGAUGGUUGGACUGCAAACAGAGAAGCGGAAGUGGUAGGAGAGAACGAGACAAACAACGAGAACCUCGAGCUGACCAAUGAGAAACAAUCAGAACGAGAGGAAACGGAAAUCUCGCAACUGUUCGCUAUUGGUCGACACCAACUGAAUAGGUGCCUCAAAUGUAACAAGGAGGAAGAAAGAGAAUCGGUAGUGCUCGCCUGCGCUCUACAAUAUCCCAGCGGGGCUCCGCGAGAGAACGAGCCUCGCGGGGGCUUCGUGGAGCUGGUUCGGGCUUCGCUGGCGGCGCGGCGGAGCACCCCGGCCUGGUGCGAGCAAUGCGGCAGGUUCACGCCCACCACGCAACGGGGGAGGAUUGUUAGAUUACCCCCGAUUUUAGCUAUAAACUGUGGUGGUGUGACGGCGCACGAGAAGGCAUUCUGGGCUAAAGGGGCGCAAAAGGAUGUGCCAGAAGUGAAAAGGGGGGGUAGUGGUAAGCCGUGUCGUUACGGAUUGCACUGUGCCCGACUCGGUUGCAGGUUCAAACAUCCUGACAGGCCGAACCAGAGUGCAUCAAAACAAAAUCAAGACUCCGUGCUGCCGCAUCAGUUGCUGAUAAGAUUGCAGUCUGAUGGCGACGUAAUAAUCAAUGAUAAGGCUGAACAAUCACCAACGGAACCUGUCACUCCCAAUUCCCGUUUAGAGAAACAUAAGAGGAAAGUGACGACACAAUCGGAGGAGCAGUACACGUUGUUCGCGGCCGUGGCGGCGGUAGAGGACAACCCUAAGAACCUGGUGGCCUACAUCCAGACCGGCCGCGGGGGGCAGCACUGGCACAUGUUCAACGAUCUGUGCAUAGUGCCAGUUAGUCCGGACGAGGUGACGCAGUACAGCGCUUGGUGGAAGUCGCCCUGCGUCCUGUUCUACUCGACGCCGAGCGUGCAGUUCCACGACACGUCAUAGCCGAUGUUGUAUGGGCCCUAUAGUGACGGAACUAUGGUCCCAUACGAGAUGAACGGAAUGUACUACCCCCAAACGAGGGAAGAACAUUAUAAUUAUAUACAAUAAGGUUUUACUAAUUAAAUGCUGUUCCUAGAUUUUUAAUGGCGAAAUGAUUUUAAAAUAUUUUGUAUAC